AUGCUGAAGAGCAUCUUGAGCCAGUCAUGGAAGAGAGGAGCACAUAUGCUACGUGAAGGAACUUCAGCACCGGCUCUAUUAACUUGCUGGAGUCAAUUUCACAGCGGGCAGGUCCUAAGUUCUUCUAGGAGCUUCUUUGGUGUGGAGGACUUUGUGGAUGAAGACAACAGUAGGCCAUACACAUACAAGAAGGAGAAGAGAUCUAAGAACCCCCACAAGCACAUUUCUUUCAAGCAGCGCACCAUCGCCUACAUGGAGCCCUUCACGCUCGACGUCUUCAUUUCCAAGCGCUUCGUCUCGGCAUCCCUUACACACCGAUCGACUUGCAGGCAGGUCGCGGUUGCUGGGACCAACUCAAAGGACAUCAAAGCGAUGCUCAAGUCAAGGUCCGACAUACCAGCCUGCUUGGCCGUGGGCCGUUUCCUGUCGGAGAGGGCAAAGGAGGCUGACGUGUAUACCUGCACGUACACACCAAGGGAGCGGGACAAGUUCGAGGGCAAGAUUAGGGCAGUUGUUCAGUCACUGAUCGAUAACGGGAUCAAUGUGAAACUUUAUCUUGAUUGA